GGGCAGUAUAAAGUUUGCUGUCUCCUUUGUUCGCCCUCGUUGCGCAGCAGUGCUGGUGGCUUCCCCUUCCUGUGUUCGCAACCUCCUGCCUCAGCCGCGUGCAGACCUGCGAGAAGCCCCUGUGGGCGGCCUCGUAGGAGCUUGAGGCCGUCGUUCCCCCUGCUUCAGCUUACACCUGGGGGGAAAAUGGUUGAAGCAGAUCGCCCAGGAAAGCUCUUCAUCGGUGGGCUUAAUACCGAAACAAACGAGAAAGCCCUUGAAGCAGUGUUUGGCAAAUAUGGGCGGAUAGUAGAAGUACUCUUGAUGAAAGACCGUGAAACCAACAAAUCAAGAGGAUUUGCUUUUGUUACCUUUGAAAGUCCAGCAGAUGCAAAAGAUGCAGCAAGAGACAUGAAUGGAAAGUCUUUGGAUGGGAAAGCCAUCAAGGUAGAACAAGCUACAAAGCCAUCAUUUGAGAGUGGACGACGUGGCCCACCUCCACCUCCAAGAAGCAGAGGCCCUCCCAGAGGUCUUAGGGGCGGAAGAGGAGGAAGUGGAGGAACCAGGGGACCACCCUCUCGUGGAGGGCACAUGGAUGAUGGAGACUAUUCUAUGAAUUUUAACAUGAGCUCUUCCAGGGGACCACUUCCAGUGAAAAGAGGUCCACCACCACGAAGUGGUGGUCCUCCCCCCAAAAGAUCUGCUCCCUCAGGACCAGUUCGAAGCAGUAGUGGAAUGGGAGGAAGAGCUCCUGUAUCCCGUGGAAGAGACAGUUAUGGAGGCCCACCUCGAAGGGAACCCCUGCCUUCACGAAGAGAUGUUUACUUGUCCCCAAGAGAUGAUGGAUAUUCCACUAAAGACAGCUACUCAAGCCGAGAUUACCCAAGUUCCCGAGACACACGAGAUUAUGCACCACCACCAAGAGACUAUACUUACCGGGAUUAUGGUCAUUCCAGCUCACGUGAUGAUUAUCCAUCAAGAGGCUAUAGUGAUAGAGAUGGCUAUGGUCGUGAUCGUGACUAUUCAGAUCAUCCAAGUGGAGGCUCCUACAGAGAUUCAUAUGAGAGUUAUGGUAACUCACGUAGUGCUCCACCUACACGAGGGCCCCCGCCAUCUUAUGGUGGAAGCAGUCGCUAUGAUGAUUACAGCAGCUCACGAGACGGCUAUGGUGGAAGUCGAGACAGUUACUCAAGCAGCCGAAGUGAUCUCUACUCAAGUGGUCGUGAUCGGGUUGGCAGACAAGAAAGAGGGCUUCCCCCUUCAAUGGAAAGGGGGUACCCUCCACCACGCGAUUCCUACAGCAGUUCAAGCCGCGGAGCACCAAGAGGUGGUGGCCGUGGAGGAAGCCGAUCUGAUAGAGGGGGAGGCAGAAGCAGAUACUAAAAAAAAAGCAAAGCAAAACUUUGGACCAAAAUUCCUGUUCAAAGAAACAAAGUUGGAAACUUCUGUCAUAACUACCCAAGGACUACUAAAAGAAAAAAAAAUUGUGUUACUUUAAAAAAAAAUUUCCUGUUAAGUUCCCUUCCAUAAUUUUUAUGUUCUUGUGAGGGAAAAAGUUAAGACAUGUUUAACCUUCUUUGAUUUUAUGACAUUGCUUUUCAACAAGCAAAUGUUUAGUGUGUUCAGACUUGACUUGUGUAUUAGUGGUGUAAUUUUCCAAGUUUAAGUGUCCCUAAAGGCCACUUCCUAUCUUGAGUUUUCCCAGUUAUAAGGCAGACAGUUCUAAGAUAUUCCACAAACAUCUAGCCAUCUAAAAUGGAGAGAUGAAUACCAUUUCCUAUUCAAUCCAGCCUAGCUAUUAAGGGUGGUCGGGUUAUGCUACUCAUAGGAUUUCAGAAUGUCUUCAAACUGAAAUCACAAUAUUCUCAGUAUAAAAAGAACUUAGUCAAAUGGCAUAUGUAAGGACAGUGCUAUACACACCCAGUGAACACCCUUCCCCCAAGCAGAUGGAUAAUGCUGGCCAUAUUUUGCCUUUCUGACAUUUCCUUGGGAAUCUGCAAGGACCUCCCCUCUCCCCUCCCCCAAUAAGACCAUUUAAGUGUGUGUUAAGCAACUACAGAAUACUAAAUAAAAAGUUUGGCCAAAACCAACCAUGAAGCUGCAAACGAUGCUUGCUCUUACUGUUUCAAAUUUUUGCAACUCUGUAGUGUCUCACUUUUAAGGAACAGCUUGAUUGCAAAGGAGAAAAUAGAUAAGCAAUGAAGUUAUCUCCAACUUCUCAAAGGCUUAUGACUUCUAAAAAGUGAAUCAAUCAGCAUUCCACAUCAGAUUUAAAGCAUCAAAUGCCUGUGAAACAGCAAAGAUGGUUGAGGAUUUUGGUCAUUUUUGGUGAUGGAGUGCUGAUUUAUUCACAGUAGAUAAAGCUGGCUGCAAGAGAACUCAAAUGCUAAGAGUUGUUGAAGCAGAAGAAUGCUGAUUGUCGAUAAGGCACAACAGUUGCAUACGCAGCACUCAUCAGAAUUGGUUUGGUGCAGGCAAUAAUCUCUGCCUUUAAAAAGGUUCCUAUGGAUCUCAGGAAGGCAUCUGUUGGUUGGCACUAGAGAGUGGUAGUUACUUAAGUACCAGAUGGAGAAAGGGGAGCAAUUAAAAGAAAAACAUUGGUAGGUGGAGGUAGUCAGGAAGGAAGUUCUUGUGGUUCUUUCUGUAUUGAUUUAUUUUAAAGCUUUGUUAAAGUCAUAGGAACAUCUAUAGUUAGAACUUAGCACUGACAGUGUUAAAUUAGAAAAACGAGAGGCUUAAGUGGUGUGGUAACUUUGUCCUAUAAUGAAGCUUUUUUGUUCUGAUCCAGAAAUGGAAUUUACUUCUAAAAUAAAACUUCCAGGGAAGAGUAUAACACCUGGCAAGUAAAAUAGGAAAUGUUACUAAAAGUGACCCAAAAGCACACUUUAAAAAAGAUGGAGUUAGGUUUUUUUGGGCCGGUUGGCUUUUAAUUACUUUUUUAAAGCUGUUUUUGAACCUGCUUCACCUUCCGCCUCCCAUCCUGGGAACAAAUCAAGAAACAGUUUUGUAAUAUGUCACUGGUGACUAGAGCCAGUAGUAAGUAUUAAAGCUAAUUUUCUCAAAGGAAACAUUUUUAUAGUUGGGUUAGAAGAACUCAGCUUCUGAGAAUCACUUUCAUAGAGCAGAACUAUCAGUACUUAGCUUAUUAAAUAACUAGUAUUUGUGGGAGAUGAGAAAAUGGCUUGCUCGAAUUUGACAAGCUUCCAUUCCUUCACAGGUCAUGAGGCUAUCUAUCGAGCACAUUUAAAUAGUUGACUCAUCCUCAAUCCUAAAUUGCUUGACUACCUACUUCUGAGGAAAAACCUUUUGACUCUUGAGAUUAUUAGGUGUACCUGAGUAUGGAACAUACAAGUACUACUACUCACAGUAAACACAAAUAGUACAUUUCUAGAGGUUUAUUUAAACAUUAAGCUUACUGUCCCAGCAGACUUCUGCUUGCGUUGGAAAAAUGAUUGGUUUUGAUUCUUCUGGCUUUAUAAUGGUUGUAAAAGAAAACUAGGAGAAAAAGUCUACUUUGUUUAACUAGUAGUUGAUUAUAGAAUUUAGGUAAUGUCACUUUUUUUUGGAAUGUUUUGUAUUUGGAACUUAAUAAAAGAUACUACACAUUU